AUGGAUACGCAACAGGUCUCGUGCGUUAAGGUUUCUGGCUUGGUUUUAUUAAAGAUUAUCAAGCACUGUGAGGAGGAAACACUUCUCGCUACGGAGCAUGUAAAUGGUGUACUCCUUGGAUUGGCUGUCGGCAAUGCUCUUGAAAUAACGAACUGCUUCCCACUGCCGAAAAUCUCUGAAGACGAUCAGACUGGAAGCGAAGCGUUGAGUGCCUAUGAGUUCGAUAUGAUGAAAAACAUGCGCGAGAUUAAUUCCGACUAUCUCAGCGUUGGAUAUUACCUUGGUGGUUAUGGAUGUUCAUUUCUCACACGCUCCCUACUUGAGACCCUUUUCCAGUAUCAAACACUCAUUUCGGAAGCUGUUUUGCUGACCUAUGAUCCCUCUUGUGCCACUCGUGGUCAGCAGGGUCUUAAGUCUUACCGAUUGUCGAAAGUCAUUUUCGAUGCUAUGCUCGAAACGGAGAAGCGGGUGCGGUUGAUGGGGAACGCAAAGAAUCCUGAAAUCUCGUGGGAAUGUGACGCCUCUCUGCAUAGCGGAAAGACUAAUUUCACCCGGUUACUGGAAGAACUUCCAACUAGUGUGGUGAAUUCCAAACUCGCCCGCAUCCUUCUGAAGGACAUCGUGGACCAAUCAGAUGAGCAGAUUGCUGAUACGACUCAGGUCAAGUCCCGCAACAGCUUCUCAGGUCUUCAUCUAAGUAUGGCCAGCGACUUAGAGCAACAACUGCGAUCCCUCAUCCAACGUCUGGACAACAUCUAUGAGCUACAGUACACAUAUCAGCGAACUCUCAGCAAGCCGGGUACAUCGACCGCCCCUAAGGAUCAGCGAAUCAAGGAAUUGGCGCCCAUACGUUUGGAGACGGCGCUGGCCUCCUGUCAGGCGGACCUCUACUCCUCAGGUAUUGCCCAGUUGGCCGGCCAGACGGUGGGAAAACUUAUGCUCGCUGAGGCCAUACAUCAGUACAGAAACGUAGCUCCUAAUGUCACUGACACUGAGUAA